AUGAAAUUCAACUUCGCAUGUGCGGCUGCACUAUCGGCCGCCGGCUUCGCUUCGGCGUUGCCCAGUUGGUUUGCCGAGUCCCAGGACGUCACCACCUUCGACGAUGCCACGCCUGUGCCAGGCAAGAAUCCUCUGGUGUUCUGCAAAGACCAUGAUCUUCAGAAGGAUAUUGUCAGCAUCACCAACGUCGAUUUGACACCCAACCCGCCUGAGUCGGGUGCUCAGCUCGCCAUUCAAGCGACCGGCAUCAUACACGAGCCCAUCCAGGAGGGCGCUUACAUCCAAGUGACCGUUAAAUAUGGUUUGAUCCGCCUCGUCAACACCAAGGCCGAUUUGUGCGAGCAGACGGAGAAGGCCGACCUGAAGUGCCCCAUUGAGAAGGGAAUUCUGUCCGUCACGAAGGAGGUCGAUAUUCCCAAGGAGGUUCCUCCUGGCAAAUACACUGUUCACGCUGAGGUCUUCAACGCCGACGAUAAGCCCAUCACCUGCCUUGAUGCCACCGUCACUUUCGGCGGUCAUGCUGCUGACAGCGAGCUGUAA